GCCCCGCCCCCUCCACCGGGCUGGGGCGUGGCCUUCCUCCGACCUGCUCUGGUCCAACAUGGCUCCGCGGUUGUGCAUCAUCUCUGCAGCGGCACGGCGGCUGCUGGGGAAGCCGGGACCCCGCGCUGGGGACCUCGCCGCUGCGGCUGCUGUGCGCUUCUAUUCCAAGGACAGUGAAGGCAGCUGGUUCCGCUCCCUCUUUGUUCACAAGGUGGAUCCUCGGAAGGACGCCCACUCCACGCUGCUGUCUAAGAAGGAGACUAGUAACCUCUACAAGAUCCAAUUUCACAAUGUGAAGCCCGAAUAUCUGGAUGCCUACAACAGUCUGACGGAGGCUGUGCUGCCCAAGCUGCACCUGGAUGAGGACUACCCCUGCUCGCUUGUGGGCAACUGGAACACGUGGUACGGGGAGCAGGACCAGGCAGUGCACCUAUGGAGGUUCUCAGGUGGCUAUCCAGCCCUCAUGGACUGCAUGAACAAGCUAAAAAACAACAAGGAGUACCUGGAGUUCCGGAAGGAACGGAGCAAGAUGCUGCUGUCCCGGAGAAACCAGUUGCUUCUGGAGUUCAGCUUCUGGAAUGAGCCACAGCCCAGAGCUGGCCCCCACAUCUAUGAGCUGAGGACAUACAAGCUCAAGCCAGGAACCAUGAUUGAGUGGGGAAACAACUGGGCUCGAGCCAUCAAGUACCGUCAGGAGAACCAGGAGGCAGUGGGCGGCUUCUUUUCACAAAUAGGAGAGCUCUACGUGGUACACCACCUAUGGGCCUACAAAGAUCUGCAGUCUCGGGAGGAGACUCGAAAUGCAGCCUGGAGGAAGAGGGGCUGGGAUGAAAAUGUCUACUAUACAGUCCCCUUGGUUCGACACAUGGAGUCACGAAUCAUGAUCCCUCUGAAGAUCUCUCCUCUCCAGUGAGGCUGGCACUGUCUCCACCGCCUCCCUUUCUCCUUUGGAGUAACCGGGAACAGAGGGGCUCCUAGGCCUGCUGGCACAGUUGUCUCUCAGCUCUGGAAGAAUCUGAUGGGCUGUGUUCAGCUUGGAAAGGAGGAUGUUUUCUGAGAACUUAGAGUUCUGUCUAUACCUGUCCCUCCACUCUCCCAGGCCAGAAGUUUUUAAUUUCCCAAAUGAAGACUAGCAUCCUUUUAAACAGUCACACAUUUCCCUGAGACUCCUCAUCUCCAGGCCAUCAUGUCCCCAGCUAACACUGUGGACAUGGCUUAGUUUCCCCCCAGGUAGCAUGAUAAGUAGUUAAGAGGUGGGGUGUGAAGAGGUAUCAGACCAGGUAUGGCCUCCAGGAAAUCUCUGGUCUCUAUUAAAAAAGCAAGUCUGAGCCUUAAAAAUCUGGAACUACCAUAAUCCCUGAAGUCAUCAAAGUCAGGAGGAGGCCCAGAAUUCUACUCAGAAGGGCUGAGAAAGGAUGGGGGGGAGAAGGAUUUGGAUGCAUGAAUCAGACUUUGAAGCAGGAACCCAGAAGAAGCUGGAACACAGGACUCAGCUUUUGGGUUUGAAACACAGAAUUGGAAGAUAGAACAGAGAUGACAGGAGACCUUAGGGAGGGGACCCGAAGAGGGGCUUAGCCACUUUUUCCUGCAUAAUUCGGUUGAAACUUGAAUAUGUGUUCCAGCUUUUCUGCACUUCCUACAAGCAAAAAUACAGGCUGAGGCCUAUAUUCCCGUCUUGAAUUCCUUCUUCCCACCUUGACAUUCUGCCAGCCAGACCCUCAUAUUGCAGAACCACCAGGCCUGUGGAGUGGGUUCAGUGAUUCUGGGGUCUUCUCAAUGACCCCCAUACCUCAUGAACCCCUGCUUAGCAUGGUUUUGCUACCACAGCAGGAAGAUGUACUGGGAUAGUUGAUGGGACCAAAUUAAAUAUUUGCUGUAA